UAAGGCUGGUUUGGAUGACGACACGUAACAGCGACACAGGUUUGAUUCGUGAAGAAGAGAAAGUAAAGGCUCAAGGGGGUUUGUCAUCUUGUGUUCUCGUACGGACAUCUGUUGAGGAAGCAGGAAGCAUCAUUUUCCAGGUCCUGUGUCUGGAUGGAGAGAAGCUGACGAGACGUGUCUUCGCACUGGAGGAGGAACAGAUCAGUGAAGACCAGAUUUUGGUGUUACAGUCUUAGCUGUCAGGAAUGGCAGACAAAAGAUCAAAAGUGCCUCAGAAAAGAACUUUGAGUAAAAAAGAGCAAGAUGAUCUUAAGAAAAAGGAGGAAGAAAUGAAAGCAGCAGAAGUCUAUGAAGAGUUCUUGGCUGCUUUUGAUAACGGUAACCAGAGUUCUGUUAAAACCUUUGUUCGUGGAGGUGUUGUUAAUGCACCCAAAGAAUCAAAAGAAGAAAAUACUAAGAAAAACAGAUUAUACCGUCCUAUUUCCAAAUUUGGAGAUACGAAAAGUGGACAAAACAAUGCAGAACAGAACAGUUCUCCUACCACUCUACCAGCAGUUGAAAUAAAGAAAUCUGUUGUUAAAAAGAAGACAGAAGAGAAAAAAAAGAGCAAUUUAGAAAUAUUUAAAGAGGAACUAAGACAGAUGCAAGAAGAACGCAAUGAGAGACAUAAACUUAAAAGAAUACAAAAUGACAAUCGAGCCAAACCCAGUAGGUUUGAACCGGCACCUGCAGAACCAGAACAGCAGGUUGGCAGGCGUACAUUGAUCGAAGAAACGCCAGGAUCUCAUGAUUCAGGUGACCCACACACAACAAAUAUUUACAUUGGAAAUAUCAAUGCUAAGAUGGAUGAAGAAAUGUUAUGCAAGGAGUUUGGCAAGUUUGGUCCUUUGGCAAGUGUGAAAAUUAUGUGGCCAAGAACCGAAGAGGAGAAAGCCAGAGACAAGAACUGUGGCUUUGUUGCAUUUAUGAGUAGGAGAGAUGCAGACAGAGCUCUUAAAACUUUGAAUGGAAAAGUGAUAAUGGGUUUUGAAAUGAAACUGGGCUGGGGAAAACCAGUUCCCAUCCCCCCACAUCCUAUAUACAUCCCCCCAGGAAUGAUGGAGCACACAGUGCCACCUCCCCCAUCAGGUUUACCGUUUAAUGCCCAGCCUAAAGAAAGGCUGAAGAACCCAGAAGUGCCUGUGCCUCCAAUUAAUUCUAAGGAGGAAUUUGACCAGAUUCUGUCCGAAGCCGUAGUCAAAGUGGUUAUCCCAACAGAAAGAAAUCUCUUGUGCUUGAUACAUCGAAUGGUUGAAUUUGUGGUGCACGAAGGGCCCAUGUUCGAAGCAAUAAUUAUGAACAGAGAAUUAAACAAUCCAAUGUUCAGGUUUUUAUUUGAAAAUAAAAGUCCAGCCCAUGUGUACUACAGAUGGAAGCUCUUCUCCAUUCUUCAGGGUGAUGCUCCAAACAAGUGGAGGACUGAAGACUUCUUAAUGUUUAAAAAUGGUUCAAUGUGGCGUCCUCCACCUUUAAAUCCAUAUAUGAUAGGUGUGCAAGAGGAAAAGAAAACAGAGUCACCACCACCACCACCUACUCCACCUCCUCCAGUACAAACUUUAAAAAAGGGUCAACUUAAAGAAGAAAACCGAGACAAACUUGAAAAUAUAUUAAGAGGCUUGGUACCUAGGAGGGUUGAUAUAGGUGAUGCCAUGGUAUUCUGUUUAGAAAAUGCAGAGGCGGCAGGGGAGGUAGUAGAAUGCAUAGCUGAAUCGCUUUCCAUUUUACAAACUCCAUUACAGAAAAAGAUUGCUCGUUUGUACUUGGUUUCUGAUAUUUUGUACAACUGUUGUGCCAAAGUAGCUAAUGCAUCAUAUUACAGAAAGUAUUUUGAAGUCAAGCUGCCUCAAAUAUUUGAAGAUUUGCAUGUAGCACACAAACACAUUCAGGCACGACUACAAGCUGAACAGUUCAAGCAAAAAGUGAUGUCUUGUUUCAGAGCAUGGGAAGACUGGGCCAUCUAUCCGGAACUUUAUCUCAUCCGUUUACAGAACAUAUUCUUGGGCCUUAUUAAGAUUGGCGAAGAUGGAGUAGAUAGACCUGCAACCCCAGAACAUGUAGAUGGCGUUCCAAUUGAUGUUGAUGGUACUCCGUUGGAUGAUGUAGAUGGCGUGCCAAUUGAUGACGUUCCUCUUGAUGGAAUUCCUCUGGAUGGAGUUCCUUUCGAUGGAAUUCCUCUGGAUGGAGUUCCUUUCGAUGGAGUCCCCCUUGAUGGAAUCCCCUUGGAUGAAGGCCCAGUUGAUUAUUUGGAUGGAAUUCCUAUGAAGCUGGAGGAGGAUGAUAUAGAUGGCAUUCCAUUAAAAGUUAUGAAAUUUCAAGAUGAACUGGAAUCUGGUAAAAAGCCCAGGAAACCAGGCAUGACUUUACAGCAGCAAGUAGAAUACUAUCGUAAUAAACUGCUACAGAGGGAUCAUGAAAAGGAUGAACAAGAUAAGAAAGAAAAUCAUCUCAGAAAACAAAAGAGAAAGGUAAAAGGAAGAAAAAAAAGAAAAGGAUCGCUCAGAGGAAAAAGUAAAAACAAAAAUAAGGACAUUGUCCGUGAUAGGGAGAAAAAAAGCAGAGAGAGAGAACGUGACAGAGAGAGAGAAAAGAGCAAAGAUAGAACUCGAACAAAAGACCGACUAAGAGAAGACGACGAUGAUGAUUAUGAAGAGGAUGAAGAGGAAGUGGAUUUUUCUCCAGCCAGGAGGCGACGGUCUAGCAGUCUCCAAGUCCUUCAAGGAGGAGCAGCAGACAUAGAAGGUCAAAUUCACCAAUCUCAGAAAGAUUACUAUACAAAGGCAGUACAGAAUCUCGAUCACCUUCCCCCCUCCUGUAUAAAGAUUCCCCACGAAGUGGAGGCAAACGGUCCAGAAGGUCUCGGUCAAGAUCAGUCAAAAGAUCAAAACGUUCAGAGUCACUAUCUCCCAGAAGAUCAAAGAAAUCAAGAUCCGGGUCACGGUCUCCUCAUCGAUCCCAUAAGAAGUCAAAGAAGAGCAAACGUUAAUGUACAACAGUGCAGUUUUGAUGCUUCUGUUUUUAUGUACAUACAGAAUUUCAACCCUGUUUCCAUUUUGUUUUAGAGAUGGGAAAUUAUGUGUAUGCUUUCUGUAUAUUUAAGCAUUAUUGACUAUAUAGGAGGAUUUUCAAAUUAGUACUGACUCACAACUUUUGAUUAAUUUUGUAUGUUUGACUGUUCUUUGAAAGCCAUUUUAAACUAUUCAUUCAAGUUUUAAUUCCCAGUGGUACCUGUAUAGUGCACAAUUUCACUGUCAAGAAAGGACCAGCAACUCCAUUUUUUGUGAUUAUCAAAAUGUUGACAGAAAGUCAGUUUAAUAAAAAAAAAAAAAAAAAUGUCAGCAACUUGCAUAAA